CAGAGUAGGAAGAGGGUCAGAGUGAGAGCCAGACGCAAGCCCAAAUGAUGGGGAAGCAGAAAAGCCCCGAGUAAGCAGAGAGAGUUGGUCCACAGAGACAAUGGAGCAGCCGCACAGAGAGCAGUGCAGCCGGGAGAACAUGCAGCCCCACAGGGAGAGGUGGAGAGAGAGAGCAACCGUCUGAGAGGCUGAUGGCAUCCCCGAUCCUGGCUCCGGCACCAGUGCAUCCUGCCGGCACAUUCUUCCCGGUGUUCAAGAAGGCGAGCCCAAAUGGAAAGCUCACCGUCUACCUGGGGAAGCGGGACUUUGUGGACCACGUUGACCUCGUGGACCCUGUGGAUGGUGUGGUCCUGGUGGAUCCCGAGUACCUCAAGGAGCGGAGAGUCUACGUGACCCUGACCUGCGCCUUCCGCUAUGGCCGGGAGGACCUGGACGUCCUGGGCCUGACCUUUCGCAAGGACCUGUUCGUGGCCAACGUGCAGUCCUUCCCGCCGGCCCCCGAGGACAAGAAGCCGCUGACCCGACUGCAGGAGCGCCUCAUCAAGAAGCUGGGCGAGCACGCCUACCCGUUCACCUUCGAGAUCCCUCCGAACCUCCCGUGCUCGGUGACGUUGCAGCCGGGGCCUGAGGACACAGGGAAGGCCUGUGGUGUGGACUAUGAAGUCAAAGCCUUCUGUGCAGAGAACCUGGAGGAGAAGAUCCACAAGCGGAAUUCCGUGCGCCUGGUUAUCAGGAAGGUUCAGUAUGCCCCGGAGAGGCCUGGCCCCCAGCCCACAGCCGAGACCACCAGGCAGUUCCUCAUGUCGGACAAGCCCCUGCAUCUAGAGGCCUCCCUGGAUAAGGAGAUCUAUUACCACGGAGAACCCAUCAGCGUCAAUGUCCAUGUCACCAACAACACCAACAAAACCGUGAAGAAGAUCAAGAUCUCAGUGCGCCAGUAUGCAGACAUCUGCCUUUUCAACACCGCCCAGUACAAGUGCCCGGUGGCCAUGGAGGAGGCCGAUGACACAGUGGCACCCAGCUCAACCUUCUGCAAGGUCUACACGCUCACCCCCUUCCUGGCCAACAAUCGGGAGAAGAGGGGCCUCGCCCUGGACGGGAAGCUCAAGCACGAAGACACGAACCUGGCCUCCAGCACCCUGUUGAGGGAAGGAGCCAACAGAGAGAUCCUGGGCAUCAUUGUUUCCUACAAAGUGAAAGUGAAGCUGGUGGUGUCCCGGGGCGGCCUGUUGGGAGACCUUGCGUCCAGUGAUGUGUCCGUGGAACUGCCCUUCACCCUAAUGCACCCCAAGCCCAAAGAGGAGCCCCCACAUCGGGAAGUUCCAGAGAACGAGGCGCCAGUAGAUACCAACCUCAUAGAACUUGACACAAACGACGACGACAUUGUGUUUGAGGACUUUGCCCGGCAGAGACUGAAAGGCAUGAAGGACGACAAGGAGGAGGAGGAGGAUGGUACUGGCUCUCCACAGCUCAACGACAGAUAGACCGGGGCCGGCCGCCGCCGGGCAGCCCCAGGUCCGCCCUCCUGCACUAGGCUGCUUCCUGUCUUCUUCCUGUUCUGGUGCCCCCUCCCCUUUGUUCUUCCAGUUUCUACCAGGGGCCCAGUGGUCUUCCAGGUUGUGGUGGUGAACCUCUGGCCUCAGGAUGGGCCCCGCAUCUCCACGCCAACAGGGCCGCGUGCACCACCAUAACCCUGUCACUGCAGUCACCUCUCCAUCCUCUCCCUGCUGACCCCCAGAAAGGCCACCAUGGCUCUGGCCUUGGAAUUUCACUUGGGAUGGGGAGCGGGGUGGGGUGGGGGGGACGGUAGGACACAGGACUUGGAAGGGUGGGGUUGAGGGGUCCAGAUGUGUGCGGGAAUGCCCACAGUCCCAGGUGGUUAACACAGUCUGGCAGCUAAAAGAUGCCCAUGGUGAAGGCCAUGCUCUUCUGGCCGGGUAGACAGACUGGAUAGAAUGCUCAAUGCCUUUUUGCAGUGCUGACCCACUAAACACCUCCCCCCUCCUCCCCCUGUCCCUCUGUGUCUGACAGUGACCUUAGUGUAGACCCCAGGAGUGGACAAGAGCAACUGGACCGACUUCUUACCAGCAGUUAGCUAGUCUAAGGCCAGCUGUAGUCUAUUUCAGUAUUGUCAGGAUAUAACCUCCUAGCUACCCUGUAUCUUACGUGUGUGUCCUUCCUAGAAAUAUGCACAUAGAGAGAGAAAAGGAGGGGUCUUCAGAAAGCACCCCCCUGCCCCUGCUCCAGGCAGAGUGAGUGGAAGCUACAGAGAUUUCCUGAAGGGUGGCUCUGAGAGAUAGGUGCAGGGGCAGAAAGGGGUGAAUCUGUCCUGUUUCCUUUCUUUGGGGACCUGUGACUGGCGAUGCCAUGGGAAGCAAGCCUGGCAGGGAACACCGGUGUCCUCCUGCCUCCACCUUGCAGUUCUUCAGGGCUGGGCUGGGCUGGGCCUAUAGGCUGGGAGGCAGCACCUGUGGCCACCAUACCCACAGGCAAAAGGGGUCCUUCCCCAGAAAGGGGCAGGGUCCAUCGGGGUGCCCUCACCUAAAAGGGAGGGGCUGCUGCAUAGCAAGGAACCUUUUGUUUCCAUGGGGAGUUGAUGAUCCCUCCCCCUGCCCCCCUCUGCCCCUGCAGUGUCAUGGGGGCCCAGUACCCAUUGGCUGGUGUGAUGGAGACCUGGGGUGUUUCCAGGGCAACAGGACAGGCAAAUAAUGAGGUAGAAAGUGUUCAAAGGUCUCUGUUGUCUGGCCUUUGCUGCUCACUUACUGUGUGACCUUGGGCAAGUGUCUUUCCCUUUCCGGACCUCAGUUCUUCACCUGGAAAACCAUGGGGUUUGACCCAUGAUCACAAAGGGUCCUCCCAGCUCUGGCCUCCUAAGAAUUUGUGAACAUUGUAGUUUCUGGCUCAGUGGGUGGAGCCAGAGCCCCUGACCCUGUUCUGGCUGCCUCCUCAGGGGACUCAUUAGACCCCCAAGGUGGCAGGAUCUUGGAGAGCUCCCACUUCCCCACCCCAGGCCUGGGCAGGGCCCUUCCUGGGCCUCUGGAGGGUUGCCUGAUGUCAAGGUGUGGCCAUAGCUAGCAUGAGCUGCUCAGCCCUGGGGCCCGAUUAUUACAAAAGGACAGAGCUUGUAUUUGCUGAGCCUUGUGGGGGUGGCGGGAGGAGAGCUUGUGAUAGGACUUCCAGUAACUCACAGCCCCUGUGAAUGCCGAUACCUGAGGUUUACCUCAAACCCUAGCAAGUACAUUGAUUUAUGGAGCAAGAUGCUCUCUCCUCAA